UAACCAAACCAGUAAUGCAUUUGUGGUAUAUUUUUUGAUCGAAUAUGGUGUGGUCACACUGGACAGUAUAAAUCAUUGCAUUUCUGUAAGUUGUUUGUUGUUUUGUUUUGUGAUACAUUUGCAAUUGCAAUGAGCAUUAACUGGAUUAAGAUCACCGAGCGGGCACGCGAGGGCAUCAAAAUCAUCAAUGCACUGCCCUACGAAACGUUCACAACGGUGUUGCUCUAUGUGCAUCGUCAAAUGAGCCCCUCGAGCAGCGCUGCCGCAAGCAGUGGUGUAGGUGGCGCCAGUGGAGCUGGUUUGCCAGCGCCCAGCAUUACAGUGGGCACCAGUGUGACGACUACAACAACGGAGCGAGCUGGCAGCAGCACAAGCAGUGAACCAGAAUAUACGCUGGAGGAGCUGGAACGUUUGGUGGGCGUUCCGCGUGCCGACUUUCUGCUGCUGAUCAAAACAUUCUCGUAUAUUUUGCGUCGCAUCUCCACGUUCAUCAUCAAGCCAAGUCAUUUGCAGCGUGAGCUGCGCGAGAAACUCCAGCUGCAGGACGAGGCGAAAAUCGAUGCCAUAUUGCGACUGUGGGUGCGCCAAACGACGCCCAUGAUGAACAACUUGGCCAGCGAACGCUACGAGUCGAAUGUGAUUGAGGACAUGGCAUGGAAAUUGAAUGUUGAGAUUGCCUCGCAUUGCCAGCAACGGGAGAAGACGGCGCUGGCAGUGCUGCAGUUAAAGACGGGCGCCGGCGAGGAUAUUAAUUUUGAGAUGACGCAGCCGGAGCUCCUGCAGCUGUUCAAUCAAUUCGAACAUAUUCAGUCUGAGUUGGAUGCAACGCUGGCAAAUAUGAAGGCGUCAAAUUAGAUUGUAUUAGCUUUAGUUUCCUCAUUUCUGUUGUGCCUAAUUUGUAAGAUAAUGUAUGUAUGUAUAUUUAAUUGUUAUAAACAAAAAAGACGUAAUUUAAAUUGUAAA